AUGCCCGGGGCCAGGGACGCGCUCUGUCACCAGGCGCUGCAGCUGCUGGCCGAGCUCUGUGCCCGCGGGGCCCUGGAGCACGACAGCUGCCAAGAUUUCAUCUACCACCUGCGGGACCGCGCCAGACCCCGGCUCCGCGACCCAGAUAUCUCCGUGAGCCUGCUGACCCUCGUGGUCACUGCCUGUGGCCUUGCUCUCUUCGGUGUCUCUCUCUUUGUGUCUUGGAAACUCUGCUGGGUUCCGUGGCGAGAACGAGGCCUGUUCUCUGGUAGCAAAGACAACAACCAAGAGCCUCUUAACUAUACAGACACAGAGACCAAUGAGCAGGAGAACAGUGAGGACUUCCUAGACUCGCCCACGCCCUGCCCUGACUCCUCCAUGAAGAUCAGCCACACCUCCCCCGACAUUCCCCUCUCCACCCAGCCAGGGCCCCAGGAAAACUGUGCCCAUGCCAUCCGUGUGCAACGCCAAGUCACAGAGCCAACGCCAUCGGCUCGGCACAAUUCACUCCGAAGACAACUCAAUCUGUCAAACCCAGACUUCAAUAUCCAACAGCUUCAGAGGCAGGAGCAGUUGACUGGGAUUGGUAGAAUUAAACCCGAGCUAUACAAGCAGAGGUCGCUGGACAAUGACGAUGGGAGACGGAGCAACAGCAAAGCUUGCGGGAAACUGAACUUCAUUUUAAAAUAUGACUGUGACCUAGAGCAGCUCAUAGUGAAGAUCCACAAAGCUGUCAAUUUGCCUGCCAAGGACUUCUCUGGGACAUCAGAUCCUUAUGUCAAGAUCUACUUGCUUCCUGACCGGAAAACAAAACACCAGACUAAAGUUCACAGAAAGACCUUGAACCCUGUGUUCGAUGAAGUGUUUCUGUUCCCAGUGCCCUACAAUGACCUUGAAGCUCGGAAGCUUCACUUCUCUGUGUACGAUUUUGACAGGUUCUCUCGCCACGACCUAAUCGGCCAAGUGGUAGUGGACCACUUCUUAGAGUUGGCUGAUUUCCCCAGGGAGUGCGUCCUUUGGAAGGACAUCGAAUAUGUCACCAAUGACAACGUGGAUCUUGGAGAGCUGAUGUUUUCCCUCUGCUAUCUCCCGACGGCUGGCAGGCUGACCAUUACCAUCAUAAAAGCAAGAAAUUUAAAGGCCAUGGACAUAACGGGGGCAUCAGAUCCCUACGUGAAAGUCUCGCUAAUGUGCGAUGGCCGGCGACUGAAGAAGAGGAAAACGUCCACCAAGAGGAACACACUGAAUCCCGUUUACAACGAAGCCAUAGUCUUUGACGUCCCUCCUGAGAACAUCGACCAGAUCCACCUGUACAUAGCCGUCAUGGACUACGACCGUGUAGGUCACAAUGAAGUCAUCGGCGUGUGUCAAGUAGGGAAUGAGGCUGAGCGGUUGGGCAGAGACCACUGGAGUGAGAUGCUGUCAUACCCACGGAAGCCCAUUGCACACUGGCACUCUCUGGUGGAGAAACGAUGACUAUGGAUUGGAGGGCUGCCCGUGCAGAAGACACAGUCGGACAACCACCCAACCAAGAUCUUAAGUAACUUUUCCCAUCUCGCAACACCUGGACUCCAGUGAUGAAAUGUUCAGCUGUAACCACAGCCAUAACUGGCCCCUUCCAAAUUGGGUUUAGUGAAUCCGAAUGCUCUAGCCACCUUCUCCGGGUGGCCCAAGAGGAUGUGCUCUAGGGGAAGCUCAUCUCUCAUUGUCAAGAACCAAGAUUGGACUGUGGAGGAAUGCGGGUGGCAUUGUGAGAGUACCAGGAUUCUGGGUAAUUAGCGUAAGGCCCUUGGUUAUGGGGAUAGAGCAUCUGCCCUGUCAACAGUCACUCUGACAUGAAGUUAUUUGAUUGAGUGCCCUGGAAGGACGGAAUAUGAAAAUACACACAUCUCCAGGUGCUAAAUAGGCAACAGAUUUAAGUCUCAACUCCUCUACCUGUGAGCUAGUGACUGUCUUCAGAGAAACAUUUUGCCCCAAGAAGAAUUAAAGCUCCAGCUUUACACAGAAUAGCCCCCAAGAGAAGACCUGGAAAAAGGCCAUUCUCCUGGAGCAAAUCCCAUGCAAGGAGGGUCUGCCAAUUCACUGCCCCCUCCCACGCUCAUGGCAGAGUCCCAGCUCUCAUCACGGUCUUCUUUUCUGCUAAAGCUAGAUACGGAGGUUCUGGAACAUCUUCCAGGUAGCCAGCAGCCACUUCCUUUCAACUGGUGGCAUUAUUAGAACAAAAUUUGUCAUCCAUGUGGGAGAGGUCUACCUCUCAAUGGCAUUCUGGAAUAUCGUUUCUCAGGCACUGUCCACUAAAGGAACAGCCUCAGAAAUAGGGUUAGUGUUGUAUAAAUGGGAGCACUGAGAGAUGACAGAGGGAUCCCCUAAGGGAAGGCACAGCUUUGGGGCCUUGUUGGCCUGAGUGCCUGUCAGCGGGUCCCCAUAUGCAACAGCCCAAAGAGUAGACUCGGGCAGCCAGGGGCGGAGGUUCCUUCUCAUUGCAAACGCCUAUCAUUCUCACAGCACUUGGGGACUGGAAAUACCUACAAGAGUGAAGGUCAAGGGCUCUCCCCGGGCUGCUCAUUGAUCACUCAGCAUCCUGCUCACCCACCUCCUGCCGGCUUCACACCUCAUGCUCAUUGCUUAUGCCUUCACAGAAGAAAUGAAACCAAAGGCCUCGGCAUGCCCCGAGACAACUGGGAGCCAUUACCUAGUGACCCUUUCGCUCUGUCUCCUUAUGGGUGCAAGGCACCCCCCUCCACCGUCCGCACCGCCAUUCCAAGAUGGCGUCUCCCUUUCACGCAAUCUCUUCGCAGAGUACUGAGUUGUGUUGCCAUUGACCUUCCCAGAAAUCUCAUUGUCUUCAUUUCAAUUAACAUUUCGCUGGAGGCUGCUCUGGGUGGGUAGAAGCAGCAUCAGUGUGCAUGUUGUCAGAAAGAUCUUGUUGUCACAGGGCCACCCUACUAUGUGAAGCCCUGUGCUGAUGUCAGAAGGCCGAAAGGGGCAGAGACCUUUGGUUGUACGAGGCACUCAAGCUUCAUAACUCCCCAGCUUGCAUAAUCCAUGCCCAUCUCUCCCUGGCUUUCAUUCACAGAGAUUCAGAUGGAAUCCUGGUUCUGCCUAUGUCCAGUGACAUGAGAGAAAGGUGACUCUCUUUGCCCAAAGAUCCCCUCUCCCCACCCGUCCCCGUUCAGAUGUCCUCCACCAUACCAGUGGUUAGAACCAAAGCGUGAACGGCAAGUGCCGGUGGGAGGGUGAGCAGAAAUAUUGUCACUAGAUACGGGCAGAUGAGCCCCGAAGAAUGGUCCCAAAGAAACCAGACUGGCUCCAGCAGAUGCCAGGCAGCCAUUCCGCUAAGCCUUGACAUGUCCUUGGCGGUGGGAGCCUGAGUGAGAGACCCUGUUGUUUCCACCUCAGGGCCUUCCUGCCUCGAGCUACCUACCCUGGGCUACCAACUGAGCAAGCUCAAAGCUCAAAGAUGGCUUUUGCAGAGACAACCAGGCAAAGAGGACUGCCCACAUGGUGAGCAGGCAGCUCUGUGUCUAGAAAGCGUUGCCUAGCCAGAGCAGCUGUGGCCAGAGGCUGGUUAUAAAUUUGAAUUUCCUCAACCCAUCUGCAACUCUGUCUCUGUUCUCUUGUGUUCUGUUUGGUUGUCCUUUAGUUUCCUAGUAAAUGUUCCUUUUGAAAAAUU